AAUGCAAAACACAAUCAAAGUUAAUAAUAAAGAAUAUACUAUUUUAUAUUAAAUUGGAUAAGGAGCUACAGGAAAAGUGUUUAAAGCUCAAUAUUAGAAUGAAUUAUAUGCUAUAAAGAAACAGGAAUACUUUGGAGAAGGAGAAUUAGAGUUUUACGAUCAGUUAAUUCAAUAAAAAUUCAAAAGAUGUAAAAAUUUAAUACAAAUCUACGACUUUGAAUAAAUUGGUAGGUUCUCAUAUAUUGUAAUGGAAUUAGGUGAUUCUUGUUUAUAUAACGAACUUAUUUAGAAUAAAAUAGAUUAAAAAAAUAUUCGAUUUAUUAUAAAAUAGAUUGGCUCAGGAAUUAAAGAAUUACAUGAGAUGGGUUUGGCUCAUAGAGACUUAAAACCUGAAAAUAUUUUAAUUAAGACUCUCUUUUCAAAUGAUAAAAAUGAAUCAUAGUAAGUAUUUAAAAUAUGUGACUUUGGAGUUGUAAAGAAUAUUUCAAACUUAAAAACUAAAGCUGUUGGAACUCCUUAUUAUUUAGCUCCAGAAUUACUAACCAAUAAUAAUGAUAAUUAUUCUACAAAAUGUGAUAUUUGGAGUUUUGGAAUUCUAAUAUAUGAAAUAUUAACUAGAUAAUUGAUGUUUUAAGGUAUAAUUAAAUUAUUUAACCUCUUUUUAGGUAAAACAUUUUAAGAAAUUUCAAAUGCAAUUUUAUCAGCUACAGAUGAUGAUAUUUCAGAUAAAAUCAAUAAAUUGAAAAUUGAAGUUGAUUAUAAAGAACUUUUAAAAAAUAUGUUAAAGGUAGAUUCUCAAAAACGAUAUAAUAUUGAUCGAGUUUUAGAAGCUUUGAAACCUAAAUCUAGGUCAACUUCUAGGUAAAGAUAAAAUAACUUUGUUAUGAAUCCUCCUCCUUAAAUUAGUAUAAGAAGUUAAUUUAAAAAUAGAGAUAAUUAACUAUCAUAAUCUCCUUUUAAAUAAAUUUAAAAUUUUAAUAUUAUUUAAUAACAAUAUACUAUUUAAAAACCACAAUAAUAUCCAAAUAAGUCUUAAUAAAAUAAUUAAUCCAAUGUAAAAUAACUUGAAUUUUGA